GUACGUAAACGUGGGGCACGUUGUGUUUGUACUAAUCUGACGCUGGGCGCGCUGUAUGCUCUAUUUACUCUAUGAAAUCUAUAAAGCCAUGUUUUACUCUUUAACCUGAAAGGAUUUCAGCAUAGAAACUCUGUGUUUUGGUUAGAAUUGCAAGAUCUGUUACAGGACGCUUCUCAAUGCGAUAUUGUUGUUGAAUGCUCCUGCUCUUGUUUUCGCUCUUGUGUAAAUAAUUGCCGAUUACAUUUGUAGAGGUGUUGGUAGCCUACUGUGCUGAAAGUUAAAAAGUAAAAGAACUUUUUCAAUGAGACGGAAGAGUGAACGAACGAAGGAGAAGGAAAAGCCUUCUCCUGAGAAGAAAGUAGAAAAGACACCAAGAAGAUCACGGAGACAGUCAAGAAGAAGAAAAGGUUCUGUGUCAUCCCCAGACAGAGAUGAAUCUGGCACAGAAGACAACGAGACUUCAAUGAAAAGUAGUCAGGAGGAUACUGAAGAGGAACAGGUUGCUAGUCUGGAAGAAACAUCUCAAGUGGGAGCAGUUAUUACAGCUGAUCUUGCCAACUCAUCUGAAGUUGAAGAAGGAUCUCAAACUGCAUCAACAAGAACUAGACGGUCAGCUAAGAAACAUGGUGUAGAACAGACUACUCCAGUCGAACCUGAUGUAGAGCAGCAGACAACUCCUCCAGUUGCUGCAAAAGCAGAUACAUCUCAUGAUGGUGAAUGGAAGGAAGAUAACACAUUCUGGGAAGAGGGAGAUUCAAAGCCCAAGUCCCCAGACCCUAAAACUAAAGAGAAAGAAGUUAGUAGUUCUGUAUGGAAAGUGAAAUGCUCAGACACUAAAGGAGGUGAAAUACAGAAAUUGAAGUUGUGCAUUGUUCGCCCUCCAGAUCCACCAGAGCCUGCCGGACGAAAAAAAAAGAGAUUAAGAAGGUCAAGUUCAAGUCAACAAAAAGAGAAAUCUGAUGUUGAGGAUUAUGAUUCUAGUAAAGGAAGUCAAGGUGAAGAAGAAAAACUGAGCUCUGAUGAAAAAGUUUCAUCAAAGAACGAAGUAGAUGUUCAAGAAGAGGAGCAACAAAUUGAAACCAUAAAAGAAAGCCAGGAUGAUUCUCCUGAAGAUGGGGUUGUGCAAAUAAAUAUAUCAGAAGCAGAAGUUAUAACUGAAGAGUGUGAAAAGGAAGAAGAUAAUACAGUAGAAGUUGUUAAAGAUAAACAAGAGGAAGAUAAUGAAAAACAGUGCCAAGAAAAUGAAGAGGAAGAUGGGGAAAAAAUGCAGAAGUGCGAUGACAGACACAGUGAAGAAGAAGAAACAAAUGAGAAAAAGGAAGAGGAUAAUAAUGCUGAAACAAACAAAGAGAAAAUUAAGGAAAGUCCUCCUGUUUUAGAGGGCGAAAGUGAAACAGGAUGUCAGAGUGACAGUUCUCCUGAGCUUGAUGAUCCUAAUAGUACUAAAGAAGUGCCUAAAACUGAAGAGCACGAACCAGAACAAGAAAAAAGUGAUAGCACAGAACUUUCUGGACAAUGUACAGAUGAAGUCCAAAUUACUCCAUCAGAUGAGCCAGAAUUAAAAUUUCCUGUCAAUGAUGAUUCAAAUGAAAAUGAAGUUAAAAGUACUUCAGAGAUUGCUGCUGAAAACAGUCAUGAUUGUUCGAUGGAGAAAGAAUCAGAAAAAGAAACAGGCAAUUCUUGUCUAAUAGAAGAGAAGAUUAAAUCACCAAAAGAAAGAUUAGAAAAUGAUGAGGUUAAAACUUCCUGUGCAAGUAAUGAUGUUAAAGAAGUGAGAAGAUCAGACAGUAGUGAGGAUGAAAAAGAGUCACCAAGGAAUGAUGAUAGCAAAGAUAGUUCUCCAAGAUUUAGACAGAGGCAUGUAGAAAGAGCCAGAAGCAAAGAACAGGAAGAGAUCAGUCAUGAACUUUUGGAGCCUAAAAAAGAAGAGUUAUCUAGUGUUAAAAGUAGGCGGCACCUAGAACGUAAAUCUCGUAGCCCCCAGCGCCGAGAAAAGGUUUCAUUGAGGAGAUCAUUUUCAGGAAAAAGCUGUGAAUUGGAGCAACUAAAAGGGUCGGAUUACUCCCAGCAUAAGGAAAAGGAAGAGUUUAACGAAAAUGUGAACCAAGAAAAUAAGGAAAAUGAUUCUCAAAAAAUGGAAACAGGUAAUGUUAACUCGUUGUCGGGCAUUCCUCGUAAAAGAAGAUGGGGACAAAGUAACAGCUCUCGUCCUUCCAAAAGACCAGUUCUUUCCAUUUCAACUGAUUCAUUAAAAACUCUCAUUCCUGGAGCAAAACCAGUUCCUAUUGGUGAAGUCCAGUUGAUUCAAGAUGAAGAUAUUAAACGAGAGACUGAUAUUUGGGAAAAUGAAAAACCUGUUGAGCGAGAAAAGAUUAAAAAUGAAAUAAAAGAAGACACUGUGCGUGAGAAACCACCUCUUCACUUACCUGAUGCCUCUCGGAUAAGUGUUGCAGUUACUGAUGAUCAUCAAAGUAAAAUAGUGACACGUAAGAUAUCAAUUGUGUCAGAUGAUGCCAGAAAACUUCAGAGAUCUCCUAGUCCACCACGCCAUAAAGCCACUAAUGUUCUAUUUAUCACCAAUUUAGUUAGGCCUUUCACUGUAAAUCAAUUGAAAGAACUACUUGCACGAACAGGAAAAAUUAUAGAAGGUGGAUUUUGGAUUGAUAAAAUCAAGUCAAAAUGUUAUGUAGAGUAUGAAAAUGAGUCUGAAGCAAAAGAGACACGCCAUGCACUACAUGGUGUUAGGUGGCCGGUCUCCAACCCAAAGACAUUGUGUGUCGAUUUUGGGAAGAAAGAAGACAUGGAGAUGGCACAAGCUGUUGCUGAGUCUGACCAAAUACCAAGGAAAACAGAACCGUUGAAGGUUGAAAGGAGUGUAGAUUGGGUUGUGGAACAGCAAAUGAGGGAGAAAGAACGUGAACGAGAAGUACGUGAUCGUGAGAAGGAGAAAGAAAGAGAACGUGAAAGAGAGCGAACACGGGUUAAAGAAAGACCACAUCAUGUACCUGCAGAACCAGUAGAGCAUAAUAAAAAGAUGAUUGUUAGAGAAUGGGAUCUAGGAAAAAUAGGUCAGUCAUCACCACCCGAGCGAGAUAAUAGGUAUGAUGAAAAAAAUAGAGAAAAAGAGAGGAAAAUUCGUAAAGACAAGCCACACAGAAGUAGAAGUGCAUCCCCCCAUGAUGUAUCAGUUCGGAAAGUCAAAAAGAAAGAGGAAGAUGCUCCUGCCAAACUGUUAGAUGAUCUCUUUCGUAAAACAAAAACUACUCCUUGCAUAUAUUGGCUCCCUCUCACUGCCGAACAGAUCGUUGUAAAAGAGGAAAUGCGUAGAAAACAUAUGGCCGAACAUGAAAGACGAAUGGCCGAGAUGCGCAAGGCAGAGAGGGAGAGAGAAAGGGUCAGAGCUCAGCAGCGCCAACAAAGAAGAGUGAGUGAAAGAGAGAAGCGACGACGGCGAUCGGGUAGUGGUAGCCUGAAAAAAUAAUGUAGUCCCGUGGAUGGGAUGCAACUUGUGUUCAGAUUGAACAUAUCUGUUGUAUGCUGCUGAAGCUGCGUGCUGUAGAGAUCCUUUUCCUGUGGUCAGGGAAAAAGGAGAGACGGCCUUCUUGUGCCCCUCCAUUGUGGUGCUCACCACCCACUGUGGCUGCGUUCUGUAAUGGUCGGUUCUCUUCUAAAGUUUCCUUAGAGUUAAAAUUUUGAUUUUAUUCAGGUUUAUUGUUGAAUUUUUAUUUUAUUUUUUAAAUGACGCUUUAUUUUUCUUAAAGCUAGGAAGUUUCAGUAUACUGAACUUGGUGUAUAGAUAGAUGUACCUUCUGAAUUGAAUAUGAGUCAGUAUUUAAAGAUACCAGAUUAUCAGAUUUUUUUAAUAGUGAACAUUGAUUUUAAAAUUUUCAUCAGUUUUAUGACAGCUUCUUUUUAGUUAAUUCUCUUAUUCAAAAUUAUUUUUUCUUAGAAAUCUGUUAUCUAUUUGCAUGUUGAAAUUGUGAUAAAUUUAUAAAUCUUGAAUCACUUUUACUCAGAACAAAGGAGGAGUUAGUUUUUCUACUUUGGUAACUUAAUGCUAUCAGUCACAUUGAUGUUUCAGCUAUCCAAUCCCUAGAACUUCUCUCCCAUUCCAAAAGAAUUAAGUCUUUUCUUUUCAGGUUUAAUGGAUCUAAAAGUUCUGUUGUGUAGCAUUGUAUGAUGGCAGCUGAUUGCUUUUUAUCUUAUCAGGCAACGUGUGAGCCCUCGGCACAGGGCGUGGGGGGAUCGAAACAGGGGCCAACCCGUUCCAAAACUGCAGAGUAUGUUAUUAAGUCGUAUCAACCAACACACGUUGCACACGUGAGAAGGUUCAAGAUCAGCGCUGGAACUACUUGUUUAAGAAGACUAGACGAUGGAAAUCUUCCCUGAGAUGCUGAAUCACAAAAGUGCUAUGAAUUUUGUGAAGUACUGAACAAUUGAACAGUUGGGAUUUCCAGCCAUGUGAGUGGCUCCAAUGUUGAACAUCUACAUUAAAAUCUUGUGCUAACUGAGCUUCUGAUUGAAGUGGAACAUGACAAGAUUUUGGCAUCUGUCAAUUGUAAAUGGAUUUAAUCAGAUUCAUUGAUAAUGCAGUAUUCAGGGGACUCCAUAUUGAAGUUCUACUCUGUAAUUUUGAUGAAAGAGAAUUGUGUUGCAUACAUCGUGAACUUUUACAUUUUUUAUGGUAAAAAAUUUUGCAUAGCUGUAAAACCAUUGUACCUCAUCUGUUUCUUGUGUUAAAUGGCACAAAAACUGUGUGAAUAUAGUUCAGCUUGUAUUCACUUGUCACUCAGUGUGGAUAACAACAAAAUAAUAACAAUAAGUGGUUUCCGUGGAAGUGUUAGUUGUUUUUUUAUUUUGCUGUCAUAAAACAGAUACACUCCAUAUUUACUUUGCGACCUGAUAAUUGUGUAUGAAUUAAUAAAUAUUAGUGUUCUGAGA